GUAAACAACUAGUGACGUCAACAUCACGCGCUACCAAGCUUUGAAUAGGUUUGGGAGGAAAAGCCGCGUUUCGUGCAUCUGGGGUCGUGAAAUUGAUUAUAUCCUGACUUAGUUUUAAAGUAUGCCUAUGCAUCUUUGUAAAAACUGACAUUGUACUCCUCCCCUUCCAUCCAUUGUCAUUGUCAAGCCAGACAGCGACAAGGAAGCAUAUCUAACAGAUGAAAACAGCCUCAGUAUGCUUUGCCAACGUUAGCUAGCGAGAUAAAUUAGCUAUUCGUUUCAUGUGACAGUUUUGGAUUAGCAAAUAUGACAACUCUAACAAGGCAAGACCUCAAUUUUGGACAAGUGGUUGCGGACAUCCUUUGUGAGUUCCUGGAGGUCGCUAUUCAUCUCAUCCUAUAUGUCCGGGAAGUUUAUCCCUCUGGAAUAUUUCAGAAGAGAAAGAAAUAUAAUGUACCUGUGCAGAUGUCAUGUCAUCCAGAGCUGAAUCAAUAUAUCCAAGAUACACUUCAUUGUGUGAAGCCACUCAUUGAGAAGAAUGACGCAGAGAAGGUGGUGGUGGUCAUCAUGGACAAAGAGCAUCAUCCAGUAGAGAGAUUUGUGUUUGAGAUGUCCCAACCUCCUCUGCUGUCCAUCAGCUCAGACACAUUACUGUCACAUGUGGAGCAGCUGCUGAGGGCAUUCAUACUGAAGAUCAGUGUGUGUGAUGCUGUUUUAAAUAAUAACCCACCAGGGUGUUCAUUUACAGUACUGGUACAUACCAGAGAUGCUGCAACACGCAACAUGGAGAAGGUUCAAGUCAUCAAGGAUUUUCCUUGGAUAGUUGCUGAUGAGCAGGAGGUCCACAUGCAGGAGCCUAGACUCAUCCCACUGAAGACCAUGACAUCUGAUAUAGUAAAAAUGCAGCUCUAUGUGGAAGAGAGGGCCCAGAAAACGUAGUCCUGUGACAAUAUUGAAUCAUGAGCAAAGUAUAUAACACAACCCAUCAGAGCUGGAACAGUCAAAAAGAAACA